AUGACAUGUGGAAUUUGUUUGUUCCUUCCGGGUAACGGUGUUAGGCAUCAGAAAAAGGAAAUUUUAUUACUAUUUCAGGUAUCACAAGAUAUUAUUAUCCAGAAUGACACAGUAAAUGAAGAUCAAGAGUCUCUUCAUGAAAGGGCAGUCGAAAAGUUUAAGGCUCCGAAGAACUCGCUUAAACGCCGUAUUGUCGAUGAAGACCCGAGAAUCGCCCAUGCUUUGUCCAUUAUGAAUAACGUAAACAAGCAGAUGGAAGCAAAAAAACCUGAUGACGAAGACAUUUUUGCUGCAGCCGUCGCAACGAAAUUAAGGAAAAUUAGAGAUGAGCGAACCAAGAUUUUAGUACAAAGGGAUAUAGAUAAUUUAUUGUAUGACGCUAUUAUUGGUACUGGAAAAUAUGUUACAACUCCAAUGCCUUCACCGUAUUCAGAUUCGUCAAAUUGUCAGAGUCAAGGACCGGCUUCAAGUUUUCAGGUCCGCGAUAAUGAUUAUUCAGAUCUUUUACGUCAGAAUGAUGGCGAAACAAUAUCUUGGCAUGAAAUGUAAUGCAAUAAAAGUGACUAAAAUAAAAUGGUAUAUUAUUUUUAUUUUCUUACCUUAAUAUUUUCUUUCAACACGCUUAUCAACGCCUUACAAGUCUCAGGUACAAUCCGAGCAAUAAGCUCUUUUGAAACUUUAAAUAAGAACAUUAAACUUGCAAAAGAAUCUCCAGUAGCAAGAUAUCUUAUGGUUAGAUCAGUACCAAAAUUUAAUUCUUAUCACAUAUCGCACCUUCGGUGCAACAAAGUCACAAAUAGCCAAAUCUGCAAAAUCGAACUAAGUAUGCCAAACUGUUUCUGAAUCAUGCCUUUACUUGGGGCAACAAAAACAUCCGCGGAGGUAUCUCAAAAUUCUACUAGAUGGCGCGAGUGCCUUUGUGGUUAUUGGCGGUUUUUCCAUGCGCUUUGGGCCGACAACGCUUCAUUGGACAGUAGUGCCCCCGCGCCCGCGAGUGUUUGACGUACGUUGGAGCUACAGCCACACAAAGGUAUUUAUGACCUUUUUUAUUCUCACUUAUUGGAGCGACAAAAACGUAUUUGUUUUUAAGACCUCAUUUUUGUUAAAUAUAUUACAAAACUUUUGGAGCUACAAAGGCAUUUUCUCAUAAAGCGUUUUUGUAGAUCCAAAGUUUUGAUAUAUUUACUACAUAAUUGGAACUACAAAGUCACUAACUAAAAAGUGUUUUUAUAGGUCCAUUAAUGGAAUUUUUUCAACUAAUCUGCUGGAUUUACAAAGUCUUAAACUAUGAAAGUGCUAUAUAGGUUCAAAAUUAGUAUUAAGAAUGUGAUAACAAAAAGACUUAUGACUUUUUAAUUCCAGUUUUUGUAUCAUAGGUACCCGCUGUUUAGUUCAUAAACAAAAUUGUGACUUUGUUACCCCAUAAUCAUUUACUUAUUCAUUUUUUUUGUCAAAGUUGCACCUAAAUGUAUGAUAAUCAAUAUUGUUUUUAUUUAAAUGCUGCUUCGAUGAUGACAGCGAUAGUCAACAAUGUUAUUUUCUAAAAGACUGUAUGACGAUCUCGUCGGCGAAACUAGUAUCCCACCCAAAACAUAAAUGUGAAAGGAUGCCAAGUUCGAUAAUAUUGGAAUGCUUCGCCUAUAAAAGAAGUGAGAUCUAAAUAAGUACCAAGUUCCAUACACAGACCUCAGUUAAAAAUGAUAUAACAAGUUGGCAAGUUUUCACACACUUUGUUAUAAACCUACUAAACGCAAUGAGUCAAGUAUAUAAUUUUCUAUUAAAACUUGCCAAGUUAUAUCAUUUUUAACUGAGGUCUGUGUAUGGAACUUGGUACUUAUUUAGAUCUCACUUCUUUUAUAGGCGAAGCAUUCCAAUAUUAUCGAACUUGGCAUCCUUUCACAUUUAUGUUUUGGGUGGGAUUUCAUUUAUUUUUGUAAGGUUUAUUUUCUUUUUUUCUUAUUUUACUUUACUUUGACUAAAUACAAACCUUCGUAACGAAUUUUAGGUCGGUACGACCAUUGGAAGAUGAAUGAUGAAUUUACACCUUCAUUAUUUUUAAAACCGACUCACACUUGGCCAUUUUCAGAUUUUUUCCUUUACCUUGACCUAAAGACCUACCUUCAUGCCAAAUUUCAAGUCAAUACGACUAUUGGAAGUGGUCUAGGUUUUUGAUGAGUGAGUGAGUGAGUCAGUCAGUGAGUGUAUAGUAAAAAUAGCGAUUUUCUGACGUCAAUAUCUCAAGAUCUACAAUAGGUACAUUAAUGAAAUUUUGUAUUUUAGAUAAGUAAGUAGAUCUCGAUAGAUACUAGAAAUUUCAUAUGCGUGGAAAAAAUAGAUUUUGAGUUAUAGGUGGGUCGAACUUGGCCCGAAAUGGUUCGUGUAAUAUAACCCACGGCCGGUGUGUCGGUUUUUUUGCUCGAACUUGGCGGACACACUGCCGUGUGUCUAGAUAGCGUCAAUAAAUUUUCAACUUAAUGCUCCAGAACAUAAGGUUGAAAAUCCAUUGACGCUCGACGUCGGGGACCUAAUCAUUUUCUUCUUAAAUUUUAGUUAAUCAAAUUCAUGAACCUUUCGUUAUUGCUCUUCUGUUGUUUCUCAGUUCAGGCCUUUGCAUAAUAAAAAAUAAAUAAAUAGAAAUAUAAAUAAAAAAAUAUAAUAAUAAUAGUAUAAAAUAACAAUAAUUGUAAAUCUGAUUUAUUAAUAUUUUUAUUUCAGAGAGCAAUGGGUUCCCGAAGUAAAAAAAUUCUUUCUAUGGUUCCCAUUCCCGACAAUAAUUUAAAGAAAAACAAUACAUUCGUUGAAAACUGGUUAGCGAACUGUCAUCCGGAAGAUCAGGACAAUGAUCAUGAUUCCAAGUUAGAAUCCUCUCGUUUUUCCGUAAAUAAUAUCACCAGUACUUCCUGCGAAGCAAAAAAUGAACUGUCAGCUACUGACAGGAGCACAGUAUGUGAUAAUGCCGUGGAUACAGUAAUUCAAGAAGUAAAUGCUGAUUUAAUUUUACUAAAUACCGUAACAGAGAAUGUCACAUCGAAAGAUAUUGAAAACGCAGUCAUUACUACAGAUAGCAAAACAUUUAACCUUUCUGAUGAUGAAGAAAUAGUUUCAUCCAAUGUUGUUAUCGCAGAUGUAGUGCCAGAAACCACAUUAGCAAAAAGUAUGCUAAGGCCAGAUACUGUCUCGAAUGAAAUGAACUCAGAUAACAAUGAAGAUUUUUCCGCAAGUGAUGGAUCUGAAUAUGAAC